AUGUUGAUUUCAAUUGUUAUUAUCAUUAUCGUUAUAAUUUGUUUAGCUACUAUUUGGUUUUUAAAAACAUUAGGUUUAUUUAAAUCAAUUUCAAUAAAAAUUACACAACCACCAUUUAAUACAUUGACUAUAGUAUAUAAAUUUCAACGUGGUAAUUAUUCUAAAUCAUCUGAAAUAUUUAAAGAUAUUGAUAAAUAUUCAUCAUCUCAAGAUAAACUUGGUAUUUAUUAUGAUUGUCCUAAAACACCAGUUGAAAAACGACGAUUUGUUGUUGGUGCUAUUGUUGAUGAAGUAAAAGAUCGAGAAUUAAUAAAACAAAUGCAAAAAAAUAAUUAUAAAAUUUUUAAACUUCCACAACCUGUUCAAUCAAUUUAUACAACAUUUCCAUUUAAGAAUCUUUUAUCGAUUUUUAUUGCAAUUAUGAGAGUACCUUAUCGUUUAGGAGAUUAUAUUCAAAAAAAUAAAUUAGAAGCUCAUCCAUUUUUGGAAAUUUAUAAACGACCACUAAUUCAUUAUAUUAUACCAUUAAGUAAUUUUGAUGCUUAUAAUGUUCCUGAAAUCAACAAUGAAUGA